AUGUCAGGAAGCUACUGGACGUCAACACAGAGACACAAUUGGCAAUUCACCAAGACCUCUCUGGCGAAAGAGAGGCAGAAAUUAUGGAUUCUGGAAUGUCAACUAUUCCCCCAGGGAUUAAAUAUAACAAUGGAUGCCCCGAAACCAAACUCCAGUGACAAUUCAAAUGGUACAAUUAUGAGGCCGACAACGAAGAAUAUACCGAUAACUCAUAGGGACCUUCAUUACGAUAGAGACUAUAACCUUAGGAUAUACUGCUAUUUCUUGAUUAUGAAACUUGGGAGAAGAUUAAAUAUCCGACAGUGUGCUCUUGCUACAGCCCAUAUUUACCUAUCAAGAUUUCUUCUAAGAACUUCUGUGAGGGAAGUUAACCUAUACCUACUGGUGACUACAACUGUUUAUUUGGCAUGCAAAGUGGAGGAAUGUCCGCAAUAUAUACGAACGUUAGUAAGUGAGGCAAGAUCAUUAUGGCCUGAAUUUGUUCCACCUGAUCCAACAAAGGUCACAGAAUUUGAAUUUUACUUAUUAGAAGAAUUGGAAAGUUAUUUAAUAGUCCAUCAUCCUUAUCGACCAUUAGAGCAAAUUGUAGAGACCUUAAAGAUGGAGCCGUUCCAAUUAAACUUGACCGCAGAUGACCUUCAAAACUGUUGGUCUUUGAUUAAUGACAGUUAUAUUACAGACGCUAAUUUAAUAUAUCCACCUCACAUCAUUGCAAUGUCAUGUUUAUUUAUUACAAUAGCUCUCAAGAACAUAGACGCAAAUGUUGGUAACGGCAAUACAAAGAAUGAUAAUCUGAUAACCCGUGCAUUAAGUGGAGAGAAUGGAAUGUCGAAAACCCAGGAAGUCUUUAAUCUAUAUAUGGCACAAUCACAGGUCGAUUUAGAAGAAGUAAUGGAUACGAUACAAGAGCAGAUCACUUUGUAUGAUCAUUGGGAUAAAUAUCAUGAGCCAUGGGUCAAAUUUCUUCUACAUACAUUAUAUUUAAGACCCUCCUCGAUAUCUAAUUAG